AUGGAGCGCGCAGCACGUUACUUGGAGGUAAACUUUGUGAUCUUGCGUGCCUUCAUCUCUGGCAUCGCCACCCUGAGCCAGCUGCCGCACGAGCUGUGGAGCAGCACCAAGAACGGCGUCGUGGUCGUCCCAAAGAGGUUGACACAGGAGUACAUUGGGAAGAUCGACGCCGUUGCACAAGCCAUCCGACAGAAAGGGCCCCCACCUCAGGCUGGGCUCUCCACGCAUUCGCUGCUGGUGAUGCAUCGCUGGUUGUGGAUCGGCACAGCGCUCGUCAGCUGCGAUAUGAGGAUCUUCGUUGCUGUGGGCUUGCUGCAAUUCCUUGCGGCGCCCUAUUCUCUGGUGUGUUCCUUCAUGCUCUUCGUGAUGCACUUCAACACCAUGUGCCUUGGGCACUUGGCUUCCGGGUUGGCUCUGAGCGUCGUUCCUUUGCCCAGCUGCUGCAGCGUGGAGAUCGGUAGCGCCGUGAUUGGCAUGGUAUUGCUGCUCGACUUCGCGGCGACGGCGUACUACGCCUUUUGGGCUUGCUCCGACGGCCUGCCGAAGAAACUGCCUCUGCGCGAGACGCUCUAUCAUAUGAUCUACGGCACGUUCCAGGCCAAGACCUACAUUUUGCUGGUGCUCACUAUGUGCUGGGGGUAUCGGAUCAACCUCGCCUGGCUGGCACUGGACGCCGUCGUGGGCAUCUCCCCACUGGUCAACAACUUCAUGCAGCGCACGGUGCUGUCUUGGGAGAGCCUCUUCUACCACAUCCACCGGAUGGAGCAUCUGCCGGGUGUCUACGAGCAUGCCCACCGGAUGCACCACUACCUCCCGGACGGGACUGCCUGGGAUGCUCAUGUCCACAGCGGCGCUGGAUUCCCAGAGGAGUGGUUCUAUCUGAUGCACGAUAUUUUCCUGGUCCGGGUCCUUGGGCUGCCUCCUCCCUUCAUGACCUACCGGCUGCUGAAGUACCAGCUGGGGAACAAGGACGGCCACCAACGCCGUAUGGAGCCUUACAAGGAGGAGCAGUACCAUCAGGAUCACCACCUCUUCCACCGCAAGAACUUCGGAUUCAACAGGCCGUGCUUGGACAUGGUCUUCGACACGUACAAGCCCACGAUGAAGAAGCGCUUGGAGGUCAACGGUGCGAUCUAUUCCAAAGAGGAGACAUCCGACAGCAUCAUGAUACACAUCGAAGUGGUGGAUGAGAAGCUGCUUUCAAUCAGCUCGCAGCGGCCGGCAGGAUGGCAGCAGCCGUUUCUGAAGCUCAUGCGCUUCCUCUGGCCUUUGCACUGA